GACGGCUUACCACGCCGCUACCGCUGGGCCUGCGCGCCGAGGGAUGGAACGGAUGGAAGUGGACCAAUGCGCAGGCGCAGGAGGCGGGGCUCUUCGGAGAUCAAACAGCGCCCCCAUGAUUACCAACGUCAGUGAUGGGAUGACCGUCUUCAGUCCCGUGUCCUCGGCCCGGUACAGACGCAGCAGCGUGUCCAUCAAUCCAUCACAGAUCGUUCCCUUGUCUCCUUUCUCCCUGAGCGGAGAUAGACUCGAUCACAAGAGGCCGGACGAGAACAUGGAGAUGAUGCUCCGAGGAAACAUGCACAGACUCAGUUCUUCCAGUCUGAUUCCAGCUUCUCCAGUCAGUCAGUGGCAUGACCACACCUCAAUGUGGUUUCCAGCUCAGGACAGCGGCGUCACACCCAACUCCUCUCCGAGUCCCACCCGGAGGUUCAGACCUGCGGUCAGCGCCACCGUCAGAUGGCCGGUGUUGACGCCUCUGAAGAGGAAAGGCGGGAUGGACUCAGACGGACCUCCGAAGAAGCUUUUUGUUGCCGGGGUAACAGACCCCACCCAUCGCAGCAGCAGCUACACCGUCAGUGUCUCUCAGUCAACGGUGGACUCUCCACCCAUAGGGGGCGUCGGUCCUCAGCCCCGCCCACUUUCUCUGUCUCCUCCCCCCACCUUCACCCCCCAUCACCACCCCGGACACUAAAGCUCCAUGUGUCACUGUGGGCCCACAGCCACCAGCAAGAGGAACAGCAGCCCUCAUCGCACCUUAUUUUUUAUCCAAUUAGCUGCCAGCAACACUGUAAGCCCCGCCUCUUCCUGCAGACAGACACGUCACCUUGAGUUCGCCCUGGUUUCUGCUCUGACAGUGAGCUGACGUCUGGUCUGAAUGUAGAGAGACAGUUCUGAUCUGCUCAUCAGCGCCACCUGUUGGCCCGUCACAUAUUUUCCUCCAGAACCCAGCUGAGGGUGGACUUGAGGACACGCUGGUUGUGUCGCUGGGCAGAAAAACGUCCUGGGAGGUUCCUGGUUGUAGCUGAUGAACAGCAGCUGAUCAUUAAGAAGAAGAAGCAGGAAACCGGCUCGGUCCAGGACUCACCUCAUCUGCAGUAGCACUCUGAAGACUCCUCUGCUUCAGCUCAAAUCUCCAUUUAAACCAGUCAGACCAUCCUGGUUCUGCAGUUCCAUGUCUUCUUCUCGGGAGUCAGGUUUUUUUCUGGGUUGUCGUAGAAGAACGUGGAGAAAUAUUUUCAGCCUGUUGGUGCAGAUGGUUUAUGAAGUCACUUCAGGAACAUUUAGGAGAAACGUUUGGAGAAACGUCAGCAGAACUUUGAGGUUUUCAGGUUGGAACUGUUUCAAGGUAUUUCUCUUAGAAAUCCAGCUGGAAGUGUCUUCAUCCCAACUCCAAACAGAAGCUGCAGAGACUGGAGCAGUUGAGUUUCUGAAGGUUUCAGAGAAGCUUCCGUUUGGAGUUGGUUUGUUAAACGUUGGAGUUGUUCUGGGCCGGGGCUCCCAGUCAGUAGAACCGGUCUUUGUGUUAAUAAUGUAUCUAUAUGUACAUAGUGGACUUGGUUCUUCCUCCCAGCUGUGUUCUCCUCUCUGACCGACGUCUGCUCAGAUGUUUUGAUCAGGUUUCCAUGACAACGUUUAAUUUGAAAUGUUUACCCAUAAAACCUCAUCAGGCCCAUUUCCUCCACAGCGAGGUAACCGUGUAGCCUGGUCUGCAGGUGGCGCUAUAGAGUGGAAUGAACAUGAAGAGUCAUGGUGAACAGAAUGUCUCUCAAGGUCCACAUAUCUGCUUAGAGGGAAACAGAGUUCGGUCCGUUAAGGUCUGAGUGAAAACCUGAGUCCAGUUCAUGAUCCAGCAGCUUGGAGAACCAUUGAGUCCAGUUCAUGAUCCAGCAGCUUGGAGAACCAUUGAGUCCAGUUCAUGAUCCAGCAGCUUGGAGAACCAUUGAGUCCAGUUCAUGAUCCAGCAGCUUGGAGAACCACUGAGUCCAGUUCAUGAUCCAGCAGCUUGGAGAACCAUUGAGUCCAGUUCAUGAUCCAGCAGCUUGGAGAACCACUGAGUCCAGUUCAUGAUCCAGCAGCUUGGAGAACCACUGAGUCCAGUUCAUGAUCCAGCAGCUUGGAGAACCAUUGAGUCCAGUUCAUGAUCCAGCAGCUUGGAGAACCAUUGAGUCCAGUUCAUGAUCCAGCAGCUUGGAGAACCAUUGAGUCCAGUUCAUGAUCCAGCAGCUUGGAGAACCAUUGAGUCCAGUUCAUGAUCCAGCAGCUUGGAGAACCACUGAGUCCAGUUCAUGAUCCAGCAGCUUGGAGAACCAUUGAGUCCAGUUCAUGAUCCAGCAGCUUGGAGAACCACUGAGUCCAGUUCAUGAUCCAGCAGCUUGGAGAACCACUGAGUCCAGUUCAUGAUCCAGCAGCUUGGAGAACCAUUGAGUCCAGUUCAUGAUCCAGCAGCUUGGAGAACCACUGAGUCCAGUUCAUGAUCCAGCAGCUUGGAGAACCACUGAGUCCAGUUCAUGAUCCAGCAGCUUGGAGAACCAUUGAGUCCAGUUCAUGAUCCAGCAGCUUGGAGAACCAUUGAGUCCAGUUCAUGAUCCAGCAGCUUGGAGAACCCGCUUCGUUAACUCCAGCAGUGGUUUCCUUUCUGACUUCAUCUUUGGAUGAUGACUCAGUGUGGACCAAGCUUCAGCUGCUGGACCUCACAUUUGACUCCAGAAUACUUUGGUCCACUUGAUGACUGCAGGGAACCCAGUUGCUGCAAAACAAGCCCAAAUCAUCAUCUCACCACCACCGUGUUUGGUUGGGAAGAGGUGUUUGUGCUGAUCUGCUGUGUUUGGGUUUCUCCAAACAUGGUUCUGCCCAUCAUGGACAAACAUCUCUACGUAUCCGGUCCGGAGGACAAUGUCCAAGAAGUCUUCUCCUUCAUCCAGAUGUGGCUUUGCUAACCAAAGUCCUGCAGCCAUCUUGUUUUUCAACCCUUCCAAACAGCCACACUGGUUCAGUGUCAUGACCUUUAACCUGCUAACUGAAGCUUGUAGAGUCUGAGAUGGAGCUCUUGGGGUUUUUGGUCAUUUCUCUGAGCUUCACGCUCUGACCUUGGGAUGAAUCUGCUGGGACGUCCACUCCUGAGACUGUUUCCUCUUGGGAAUGAUCUAUCUUUCUGCUGGAUGAUGGACUUCAGAUAGUUUGGAGAUGACCUGAAGAUGAACCCUUCCCAGGUUGACGGGCAGCAGCAGCUGCUGCCCUGGGAUCAUUGCUGAUGUCUUUCCAUCCUGGCAUAGUGUUAACACCAACCUGUAGGCUCCAGAGAAACAAACUGCUGCUGUUACAGAGGUCUUCACACUGAUGGUGAUCAGUUAAUUUAUGCAUCUGAUCAGCAAAUCCUGGCUCACAGUUUUCCUCUUAAAUCCUGUGGAAGUAGUGAGGGUGUACUUAGUUUUUCAAUCACUGUUUCUGCAUCUCGUUUUAGGUUUUCAUUAAUAAUGAAGAAUAUGUUGUGUGUUUUUGAAUAUGUGAGGAUCCAAACACAGCUAGGACCUGAGGACUUCUGUUAUCUGUCCAGUGGUUGAUUUACUGUUACCAUGACAACAGGGAAGUUUGGUGGAAGGAUGCAAACAGAAACCUGCAGAAGGUUAAAAUCAGCGUAAAACUGAAAGCUGAGCAUCGUUACAUAACCAGAUUCUGGCCUGUAGGAGAUUUAUGGAGUAAAAAGUCUGUAAUUGAACCCAAACAUAAUGCGAUUUUGCACAUAUUCACAGUUCUGUUCAGAACCAUCAUCAUCCCCUUGUUUUCAUUUUUAUACUAAUGGGUCAUAGCGUCCAGCAGAUGGUAUCGAUGGUAAUAUCUCGCCGGUCUUGUUCUGAAGUCUGUGGAGCCUCAGCAGGACCCACAGAGACUCGGUAGAACUGUAAAACUUUCAGCAGUCCAGAACCAGGCCCGGUUCUUCCUCUGCUUCCAGCUUUUGCACUUUCACAGUAUUGUACAGUUUUCUACUUCCAUCCAUCGCUGUGCCUCAACGCGUCAUUUCAGGGGAUCGGGUUCAGAGGUCCGCACCUGAAGAUCAUCUGUGUCGUGUUCAUAUGUAGAGUCCAUAUAAGCUGUUCUCACAUCAGUGUCUUUAAUUUCCUGUGCAGAACAGAACCGGAGCGGAGAGACCGAAUUCUGACAUGACUUUGCACAGAGAAUCAUUUUAUUCCUUUCCUCUGGACCGAUUUGCUGCUUCUCUUUACCUGCUUUAUUCCUGGCCUUGUUACCAUCUCAGAGAGUCCAAUCUGUUUCAAGAUGGUUCUGAGUGGACCGCUCACAGCAUGUGGAGCAAAGCUUUAGAACAACGGAUCAAGGAGACGAAUAUUUCAGGAGAAACACGUUCAGAACAUGUCUGUGUUUCCAUGUUGAAAGGUUUCGUUACCGUUUUGAAGCCAAAGUGAGCUGGAUGUGGUUCUGGAGCAGUUUGGACUCUCCUCUGAGGUAACUGGCUACUAAACGUUGCUGUACAGACACCGACUGUAGCUUUAACUCACCUUUCUGUGGAUUAUUUCCUAUUUGCACAUCCCUGUUACUGAGAGGAACUAUGAAGAAGAGAUGGUUCUCCUGUAGCUGGAUCCCAGAGUGGUGCCGGAGAACUGGAGGAAUCGGCACAAACUUCUGCUUCAAAGAAGCUUUUUAAGCCAAAAAAUGUCGUAAUAAACUGGGAUUCAGGACAGGAUUCCCGACCGGACUUCCUGCUCAGCUUUUAUUUCCUUUGCUCAUAAUCUGGUUUCAUACUGAAGUCAGUUUGGAUCUUAGUUCACUUUUUGUUUUCUCAGAACCUGAAAUGUUGUAGCAAAGACAGGAGAAGCUGUUUCAGUAUUAAAGAGUUUCCUCUGGAAGACCAAAGUGUUUUGUUGGCAGAAUAUUUGUCAUUUGUUUCCUCAUUAUGUUCAGAGUUCUGCAGCCCACAGAGACGUUCUUCAGAUGAUCAGAACCCUGGUUAAUCCCUCUGAGCUGAUCCGUUCUGCUUUUUAGCCUGAAUGUUGGAAAUGGAUCAACCGAGGGAAAGCUGGUUAAAAUCUAAAACCGGUUUUAAUUGAAGAGGUCAGUUUUUGAUCUGCCGCGCUGACGGUCUUCCAGGGUGAGAUCCGGGUUUAAAAAGGGCUGCUGGCGUUUGGGUCACAAAGGGAACUAAAAGCACAUCUGUAAAUAUUUCUUUCCAGCACAGAUGAGACGAUGUAUUUUUAUGAGUUCAUUCCCACGAAAAGAUCCCCUUCAGAGAUUUUAGUGGAAACGAUUCAUGCACACAAUAAAUAUAAUUAUAUAUAUAUUGUUUAUUAAAGCUACCAGUAAAAUAAAGUCUGUACUAUCAAA